AUGGCACUUCCCGAGCCACCCAUCUACCCAGACCUGAAGGGCAAGGUCGUCCUUGUGACAGGCGUAGGCCAACAAGGCGACCCCGAGAUGUGGGGAAACGGGGCCGCCACAGCCCGUGUAUUCGCCCAACAAGGCUGCAAAGUGUUCGGCUGCGACAUCAAUCUGCCGUCCGCAGAGAAUACGAAGAAGAGGAUUGAAGCGGAAGGAGGAGAAAUGACGGUCGUGCAGGCUAACGUUACCAAAACUGACGAGGUCAAGGCCUUGGUCGAUGCUGUGAUGGCGAAGUACGGACGGAUCGACGUUCUUGUGAAUAACGUCGGCAUGUCCCAACCCGGCGGUCCAGCAGAUAUGUCUGAAGAGGUAUGGGACGCACAAAUGGACGUCAACCUGAAAUCAGUCUAUCUCUGCUGCCAUCACAUCCUCCCGAUCAUGGAGGCCCAGAAGUCUGGCGCAGUCGUCAACCUCGCCAGCAUUGCAGCCGUUCGAUACAUCGGCAAGGCCCAGAUCGGCUACUCCGCUACCAAGGCAGCAGUGAUUCAAUUCACGAAGGCUACAGCGUUGAUCUACGCCAAGAAAGGCGUUCGACUUAACGUUAUAUUGCCUGGCCUGAUCCAUACGCCUCUGAUUGGGAGUUUGGCGGAGAAGUACAACAAUGGUGAUGUUGAGGGUUUGGUGAAGAAGAGGGACAGUAGUGUGCCGAUGGGGAAGAUGGGUGAGAGCCAUGAUGUGGCUUACGGGGCAUGCUUUCUGGCAAGUCAGGCGGCGAGGCAUAUCACGGGGCAGAAGUUGAUCAUUGAUGGGGGUGUGGUCGGGAAUGCUUCGCCUGGGUAG